UGGGGGGCCGCCACGGCCCGGAGAGAGACGUCUGGAUCUACCCUGGUGAGAACGUGGUGGGACGCCUCCCCAGCUGCCCCGUGCACCUGCCGGUGCCCUCCGUGUCCAAGCUGCAUGCAGUGAUUGAAGCACCAAGGCCUGGGCCUGGAUACCCACACCUGCUCUGGGACCGUGGCAGCCUCAAUCGCACGCGGCGCGGCCGUGCCGUGCUCCAGCCCCACGUCCGCUACACUCUGGCCCACGGCGACACCCUGCUGUUUGGCGACGUGGGCUGCCAGUACUUCCUGCUGCCCCCCGGGGAAUCUGCAGCCUCCCCCCUGCACUGUCUGACCGUGGAGGAGACACCAACCCCAUGCAGGCGUAGGUUGGGUGCUGGGGCCCAGUUGGCUCAGGAGUCAGAGGUGAAGAAAAAAAGAUGGCGUGGAGGGUCAGAGGCCUGCACACAGGGCAGCGGCAGCCUAGGAUCUCCGCCCCCCAACACUGUGGUGCCUGAGAGUGACGAGGAAGCUGAGGAUGCCCCCAGCCCUUCCUCCCACCUCUGCUUCAAUACCCAAGGAGGGGCAGCGACACCGAGGGGCUGGGCACCUCCCUCUGCCCCAGAGUUGCUGGAUGUGGAGCCCCCAAGCCAGGAUCCAGAUGUGCCGGGAUCAAAGACCUGUGGUUGGGAGCUCCUGGCAGGGGACAUACACAUGGACACAGAGGGGACCAAGGAUCCAGAUGUUGUAGGUUCCCAGAGCCGUCUGUCUGUGAUUGAAGUGGCUGGCAACACAGGUGCGGAAGACAGAGAGGGGAAUCCAGAUAUUGUGGUUUCCCAGGGCCGACGGCCCUCCUCUGAAGCAGACAGCAAUCCAGAUGUGGAGGAUGGGUUUGGGGUUCCAGAUGUUGUAGGUCCACCAAGCCAUCAGCCUGCCAUUGAGGUGUGCAGCGGCACAGCUGUGGAAUAUGUUAACAGGAAGCCAAGUGUUGAGGUUCCCCAGAGCUGUCAGCCUGCUGUCCAAGCGGCGAGUGACACACGUGUGGAGGUCGAGGGUGGGGUUCCAGAUGUUGUAGAUUCACAGAACCGUCGGUCCACCAGGGAGGUAAGCAGCAAAACAGCUGCGGAGAAUGGGGAUGGGAAUCCAGAUGUUGAGGUUCUCCAGAGUCCUCAUCUAACUGUUGAGGUGGGCAGAGACACAGAUGUGGAGGAUGGUGAUGGGAUUCCAGAUGUUGUGGUUGCCCAGAGCCAUUGGCUCCCCAUUAAGGUGGGCAGUAACACAGCUGCAGAUAAUGGUGAUGGAAAUCCAGAAGUUGAGGAUCUCCAGAGCUUUCGGCCAGCUGUUGCUGCAGACAGUGACACAGAUGUGGAGGAGGUGGAUGGAAAUCCAGAUGUAGCUGGUACCCAGAGGCAUCGACUGGCCCUUGAAGUGGGCAGUGAUACUGAUGUGGAAGAGGCAGAUGGGCAUUCAGAUGUUGCAGGACCUCAGAGCCAUCGGCCCUCCAUGAAGCGGGGUAGCCACACAGCUACAGAGAACGUUGGUGGGAAUUCAGGUGUUGUGGUUCCCCAGGACUGUCGGCCAGCUGAUAAAGUGGGAAGCAGUACAGAUGUGGAGGAUGGCGAUAAGAUUCCAGAUGUUGUAGGUCCACAUAGCCAUCAGCCUGCUACUAAGGCAUGCAGUGACACACCUGUGGAAAACAGUGAUGUGAAUCCUGAUGUUGAGGCUCUCCAAAGCCAUCAGCUGGCCUUUGAAGUGGGCUGUGACACAGAUGUGGAGGACAGUGAUGGGAUUCCUGAUGUUGUAGGUUCACAGAGCUGUUGGCCCACUGUGAAGGUGGGCAGCAACAGAGCUGUAAAGAACGGUGAUGGGAAUCCAGAUGUUGUGGCUGCCCAGAGCAGUUGGCCCACUGUUGAGGUGGACAGUGAUACAGAUGUGGAGGACAAUGACAGGAUUCCGGAUGUGGCAGGGCCCCAGAACCAUCGGCCAGCCACUAAGGUGGGCAGCGACACAGCUGUGGAGCGCAUUAAUGGGAAUCCAGACGUUGAGGUUCUCCAGGGCCAUCAGCCCACAAUUGGGAUGGACAGUGAUACGGAUGUGGAGGAUGGGGAUGGGAUUCCAGAUGUUGUAGGUCUCCAGAGCCAUCAGCCUGCCACUAAGGUGGGCGGCAACCUAGAUGUGGAGAAUGUGAAUGGGAAGCUAGAUGUUGAAGUUCCCCAGGGCCAUCAAUCCAACAUCAGGGUGGACAGUGAUACAGAUGUGGAAGGUGGGGAUGGGAUUCCAGAUGUUAUAGGUUCCCAGCGCCAUCAGCCUGCCACUAAGGUGGGUGGCAACCCAGCUGUGGAGAAUGAUGGGAACCCAGAUGUUGAAGUUCUCCAGAGCUGUUGGCCCACUGUUGAGAUGGACAGUGAUACAGAUGUGGAGGAUGGUGAUGGGCUUCCAGAUGUGACAGGUCCCCAGAGCCAUCGGCCUGCCUUUAAAGCGGACAGCGACACCGAUGUGGAGGUGGAUGAGAUUCCAGAUGUUGUGGGUCCACCCAGGCAUCAGCCAGCUGUUGAGGUGGCCAGCAACACAAAUGUGGAGAAUAGUGAUGGGAAUCCAGAAGUGGGAGUAGCGGCCAAACCGGCUGCAGCACCUCCCCAGGCUCUCCAGCCCCUCGAACCUGGGGCUCCUGAUCCAGAUGUGGAGGCCCCCCAGCCCCACUCAUCCCCUUGGCCAGCAUCUGGGGACAACAGUGAGACUGAUGCCAAGGAUGACCCCGACCUGGCACUGCAGGCCACCCAGUGCUACCUGGACAGCAAGGCUGGAGCCUCUGGUAGGAUGCCUGGGUUUCUCUCCGGGUUGGGGUGGUGGAGGGGGGCUGAGAGUCCGGAUGCCUGGGUUAGCUGGGAGGGGAGUGGGGACUGGUGGGUAUAAGCAGGGGAGUUGGGAGCCCAGACACCUGGGUGUCUCACUCUCCAUGUGGGUAUCCCAGCUGCCACCCAUGUCCCACAUUGUGGUGAGGGUGGAGGGGUGCAAAAUGGGGGAUUGUGGUUAGUUCCCCUCCCCAGCAGUCCCCAGCCUGGAGGAAGAGGCCACCCAGAAGUUCUCCCAGGAGCGGGCUGGGAGCCCGGACAUCUGGGUUCUCUGUCUGGGUCCUGGGCACCUGGGACGGGGCAGCGCUGGACACAGCUUCUGUGUAGGGGGAGCUGGGUUUUCCAUGGGCACAUACCUGGGUACCCUGAACUGCUGGCUUCUGUGUUUCUGCCCAUCUGCCCUGAGUGCCUGGGCUCUGGAUGCCUCACCUGGAAAGGGACAGAAGCAUUGGGUAAAGCAGAGUUCAGGUCAGAGCCACCCUUGAGGGAGGGGGAGACAAGCUGGGGAGGAACCCAGGUGUCCCGGCUCCCAGCUUUCCCCAGCCCCCACCCCCUGCCCAGAGAUCCCAGGCAUCCCUGUGGGCUCUUACCCUGCACCCCAUCUAGCCCCUUAGCUCCCUCUUCCCCUGCUAAGGACCCCAGAGUCCAUGCUCCCAACCCCCCGGCUC